AUGUAUGCGCACCCUUUUGUAUGCCAGCUGAUCGUGCAUGCACCAAACACAGACGCGAGAAAGAAUGGCUUUACCUCUGCAUCAUCUGCGGCGUCGUCGCUCAACGCGAGAGGAGGAAUGAGAAGAGAAAAGCGGGGACAACGUGUGAGAGUAUCUGCGUCCUUGCCUGAAUAUCCACAAUCGACUGAAGACUUGUAUUUCAUCUUGGGCGUUUCCGUCGGAGCGAGUCAAGAAGCCGUCAAGCGGGCGUAUAAACGGAAAGCCAAAAGGUAUCAUCCAGACGUGAACAGUUCCCCAGAGUCCGCGGAAAAGUUCAUACAAAUCAAAGCCGCAUACGAGACAAUUCAAUCAACCAGAGGCAACUUAGAAAACGUCCAAACGCGAGAGUGGAAAGAAAAAUGGAAACAACAACUCAGGAAUCUGAGGCGGGAAAGAGAGAAGAAAAUAGCUGUCGCCACCAAUAGGGAGAAGCGCGCUGACAAAGAUGUUGAAUCUCUAGUCGGCACCAUGGAGAUGCAAGCGCAGAUAUCGAAUCAACUGAGAAACUUGAAAGCGAGAACCAACCGAAAACGAACGAGGCAGCAAACUUUGCAAAAGUCGACAUUUAAAGAACCAUUUGAACUGUCCGAGGAAGACUUGUGGAAUCACGAGGUGCAGUAA